AAAGAAUUGGUGGAGCUUCACUUGAAACUGAUGAGAAAGAUUGGGAAGUCUGUCACGGCAGACAGAUGGGAAAAAUAUUUGAUCAAGAUGUGCCAAGAAUUCAACAGCACUUGGGCUUGGGAGAUGGAAAAAAAAGGCUACCUAGAAAUGAGCGUUGAAUGCAAACUGGGGAUUCUGAAGUAUCUCUGCGAAUGUCAGUUUGAUGACAAUCUAAAGUUUAAGAAUAUAAUUAACGAGGAGGACGCCGAUGCCAUGCGUCUUCAGCCCAUUGGCCGCGACAAGGACGGCCUGAUGUAUUGGUACCAGCUGGACCAGGAGCAUAAUGUCAGGAUGUACAUAGAAGAGCAGGAUGACCAGGAUGGCUCCACGUGGAAAUGCAUUGUGAGGAACCGCAAUGAGCUUGCCGAGACCCUUGAGCUCUUGAAAGCGCAAAUUGAUCCCGCCCUGCUGAAACCCAGCAAUUCUCAGCAGGAGAACUCAUCGCGUGAAAGCCCAAGCAUAGAAGAUGAAGACACCAAAAAGGGUGAAGAUGCGUCUGCACAAGAAAAUCAAUUAAAAAUCAAAGAAGAAAAAGAGGAGGUGGAGGAACAGCCAAUGGAAUUGGAAAGCCUUCCUCUUCCUGUGGUCAAAGAAGAUGAAAAUACGCUGAAAAUGGAGAAAGUGGAAGAAAAAGAAAUUAUAAAAUUGCCAGUAAUAGUGAAAUUAGAGAAACCUUCUGAAUACAAUGAAGAAAGGCAAACUGUCAAAGAAGAAAGUGACUCCUUCAAAGAAAAUGUCAAGCCUGUUAAAGUAGAGGUGAAGGAAAACAAAAUAGAACCAAAAGACUUAAAAGAAGUAAAAAGUUGUACGGACAAAAUAGCAGUUCAUGAGCCGGAGAGGUUAGAAUUCUGUGUUAAUGUCAAAACUCCUCAAGAAAUUGUAGAGAAAUCUGUGGAAGAAAGUGAGAAACUGAAAAAUGACCAGCAGGCAAAAAUACCGCUUAAAAAGCGCGAGAUCAAGCUGACAGAUGACUACGACAGCCCGAUAAAGGGGCCCCUCUGUAAAUGCGUUACUCCGACAAAGGAUGUCUUGAAGGAAGAAGGGAAAUCGGAAGAAGAAGCUUUUAAGAGAGUCCCUACAAUUACUGCUUUAUGUCCUGAUGGGAAAGUGCUAGUAAAUGGAGAGGUUAGCUGUGAAAAAAUAACCCCGAGUGUCAUACAAAAUAACAAGUCAGAACACUCUGCUAGCACCAAGGAAGACAGCAGCUCGUUAAGAGAGAAAAACGGAAAAAGCGGGGAAAAGGUACCAGACUCCCUACAUUCUGUUAGUAAAAUUGUGAAAGCGUGCGAGGUUGAGAAAAACGCCGUAACUGUGGUGAAGGAAAUGGGGGCUGCGGUCUCUGAGGUUCCUUAUCAGAAAGUGCCUUUAAAGGAGGAAUCUAGUCCUGUGGAAAGUGAGUCCCUUGACAGCACAACUACUGAAACGGUAGUGGAUGAGUCUUCAAACCCUGAAGACUGUGCCAAAACAACUGAGGAGAAACUAGCCGUGAAAAGCAAAAAGGAUGGACUGUCACCACCCAAAGAAUGUUUAGAGAAGCUGGAGGAGUCCACAAAUCCUUCUGCUCCUGCAGAACUGCCCAAGCUUGCACUGUCUGAUGGAGAGACUUUGGAGAGUAAAGGUGAGUCUGAGGAGAAAUCUGAUUCUCCAAAAGCUGCUGAGAUGCCCCCUGCGUCUACUUCUCCCGUUACUUUAGAAGAGCAUGCUUUGGAAAAGGAGGGCUCUGACGGUAAAAUGGCUCUACCAGAUGAGAGCAAAGCAGAAGAAAAAUCCAGCCCUGAAAAACAAGAGGAGGAGCCAGAAGGUGCCAAGAUGGAGCCAGAUAGAUUAGACGAUGCCCAUGCUUCUAAUCUGGACGACUCCUCGGAGAGUAAAAAGGAAUCUCCACUACCUAAAAGCAAAUUUAAAUAUAAGCUAGUUUCUGAAGAAGAAAGCUGUGCAACAGAUAAUAAAGAAAUAACUUCUGAAAGACAAAAAGAAGGAAUUAAGUUAACAAUCCGGAUCUCCAGUCGGAAGAGAAAGACGGAAACGCCGCCAGAAGAGGUCAGCAUUGGCCGCACAUUAAGGCGAUCUCCAAGAAUAUCCAAGCCUACUCCAAAAGUUGUGGAGACUCGGGAUCAGAAAUCUGACAAAAAAAGACCUGAAGAGGAAGAGGAGAAACCCGCAGCAGCACAAAAACCGGAACGAAAAGAAGAUGCAAAAAAACAAGAGAAGGAGUCAAAUUCUAAGGUUAACAAGAGAAGCAAAGUCCGGUGGACAGGUACGCGAACACGUGGCAGGUGGAAAUACUCAAGUAAUGAAGAAAGCGAGGACUCGGAGAGUGAAAAAAACUCCGAUGAUGAGGAGGAAGAGGAAGAAGAGGAGGAAGAAGAAGCUGCACCUGCCGAUGACGAUGAGCCGUGCAAGAAGUGUGGCCUUCCCAAUCACCCUGAGCUGAUUUUGUUGUGUGACUCGUGUGACAGCGGAUACCACACAGCCUGCCUUCGCCCGCCUUUGAUGAUCAUCCCUGACGGAGAGUGGUUCUGCCCGCCUUGCCAGCAUAAAUUACUCUGUGAGAAAUUAGAAGAACAAUUACAGGAUCUGGAUGUUGUCUUGAAAAAGAAGGAGCGUGCGGAACGCAGAAAAGAGCGACUGGUGUAUGUGGGUAUCAGUAUUGAGAACAUCAUUCCGCCUCAGGAGCCAGAAACACCUGAAGGUCAGGAAGAAAAGAAGAAAGAUUCCAAAAAGCCAAAAUCAAAGCUGCUCGAAAGGAGGUCUACCAGAACCCGAAAGUGCAUAAGCUACAGGUUUGAUGAAUUUGAUGAGGCAAUUGAUGAGGCAAUUGAAGAUGAUAUCAAGGAGGCUGAUGGAGGAGGCAUUGGCAGAGGCAAAGACAUGUCCAAUAUCACAGGUCACCGUGGAAAAGACAUUUCCACAAUCCUAGAGGAAGAAAGGAAAGAAAACAAGCGACCACAAAGGGCUGCUGCAGCACGACGCAAGAAACGACGGCGACUAAACGACUUGGAUAGCGACAGCAAUCUGGAUGAAGAAGAGAGUGAGGAUGAAUUUAAGAUCAGUGACGGAUCUCAGGACGAGUUUGUUGUAUCAGAGGAAAAUCUGGAUGAAAGCGAAGACGACCCACCAUCAAACGAAGACAGUGAUUCCGAGUUCUGUGCCCGCAUAUCCAGGCGACACCUCUCCAGGCCCAUGAGGCAAAGCAGGCGGUUACGAAGGAAAACAGUCAAGAAAAAAUAUUCUGAAGAUGACGAAGACGAAGAUUCUGAGGACAAUUCAAGCAGAGAGUCUGAGAGCGGUGAUUACACAGAUUACAGUGAUGACGAUUACCUGGAAACUAGGAGGAGAAGGUCAAGACGGAAUCAGAAGAGACAAGUUAAUUAUAAGGAAGAUUCAGAAAGUGAUGGCUCACAGAAAAGCGUCCGAUAUGGGAAGGAGUUAAGAAGAGUCCACAAACGCAGGCUCUCCACUUCAGAUAGUGAAGAGAGCUACACAUCUAAGAACUCUGAAGACGAUGAAUCCACCAAGGAGUCAAAGCGAUUGAUUCGAAAACGUCGGCGAAGUACAGACGACUACUCUGAGGAGGAAGGCGAGGAUGAGGAAGACGAAGGGAGGCCUGUCCGCAAACGGCUGAACCGAAUCGAAACAGACGACGAAGAUAACUGCGAAAAUACUAAUGACAACGCGGAAAACCCCGCUCCUGCAAAUAAGCUGCCAGCACCGCAAGCUCCUCAAGACAACACCAAGAAGCACUGCUACCGGAUAGAAAGCGAUGACGAAGAUGACUUUGAUAACGUAGGGGAAGUAGAGAGCCCCUUGGACUACAGCCUGGCGGCCUUCCUGGUGGACUUGCCUUCCACCAACGGACAGAGCCCCGGUAAAACCAUUGAGAACUUGAUUGGCAAGCCAAGCGAGAAGAGCCAGGCCCCCAAGGACAGCACGGCCAGCGCCAGCCUGGCGCCCAACGGGACGGGGAGCGGGCAGGAAGCGGUAGGGCCGGAGGAAGAUGAAGAUGAACUUUUGAGAGUGACUGACCUUGUUGAUUACGUCUGUAACAGUGAACAGUUAUAAGACUUCCAUUUUUGUGCUAAUUUAUUCCACGGUAGCUCAUACCAGCGGGCCAGUUAUUAAAAGCUGUUUUAUUUUUCCUAGAAAAUUCUCCACUACAAUAUCACUUUUUAGAAGCAAGAAUUUCACCAGUCCUGCAGUCUUUCUGUGAAGUGACCAGUUUCGAACUUUGAAGAUGAAUUGCUGUAAAUUCCCUCUCUUACCCCCCCCUUCUCCUUCCAAGUCCAUGGUCCUGGGUAAUUUCACUCACAAAAACCUUAUAACAACAAGAGAUUUGUAUAUUUUUGACUUUAUAUUUCCUGAGUGCAUACAAAUUUGUGGAAAUGGGUGGCCUAAGAAAGCAUUCCAAAUCGGUCAGGGCCCAAAGCGGAACUGGGGUUGGUUUGGCUCAAGGGGUGGGGGGGGUGCAGAAGCACUUGUGCUUUAGCUUUUUCAUAUGAGAUAUAUAUUCUAUUUAAAUGUUCACAACUUAGAUUACAACUUAACAGACAGUUAAAACAAAAAAUUAAUGUCUGUACUGUCGCAUUUUGUGAGUUGUAGGUUAACAUACCAUAGCUCAUUUUAGUAAUCACCUUCAUGGAAGCAGUUUGAUUUUAAUACUGGAGGCAAACAGAAUUACUAGAGGCCAAGAAGGUACCAUAAACGAGAACUCGACUAUCCAUUAUGACUUGCAGACUUUCCUAAUAAACAUCCUUUAAAGUGUUUGUACAGUAAAGUGUACUGUAAUGACGUUUUUGACAGUCGAAACACGCUAGCCAUGAAUUGCUAAAGCUGUCUCACGCGUAGUUCAUC